AGAAUGUGUGAGAUGCGCACAUUCUGUGUUAAUAAAUACCAGUUUAUGUGCAGGUUUUUGUGCGUACGCCUCGUUAAUGCAUCUGGCUCCUGGAAUGUGGAAAGAAUCCGGAGCAGCGAGAAACAAAAACCAACACCCGGGCCUACAGGACGGGAUCUACACCGCCUGUCUGCACAGAGAGGACACUUACACGCGGGUACACACGCGGGCACACAUUAAAAACCCGGGCAGCGGGUACCAUAGGACCCGCCGUAACCAUGGCAACGAGCUCAGCGAGGCGCCAGAGUGUGAGGCUCCUGCUGCUGUAUCUCCGGGUUUGGCUGUUGGAGAGCAAAGACGCACGAACCUCUACAGACAGUGAUGUUCUGCUGCCAUACGCUCAUGGCCAUGGCCCCUCUCACUCUCACCGCCACGUCAGGGACUGCCAGUCCGUGGCCCAUGGCAGCAUCACGUAUGAGACCUGGCCCUCCAGGAGCUACAGUAGCCUUCCAGUGGCUGAGUCCACUGUCUUCAUAUCAGACAUGCCAGGCAGGUCGGGCAGUUCCCGCUGGGUCUACGGUCACAUGACUGUGGUUCAGGACCCGCUGAGGACGUUGUCAGUGUUGGAGCCUGGCGGGUCGGGCGGCUGUGAGAAAAGCCACAGGGUGUCGGUGGUGGAAACCGCCGAGACCGCUAGCUGUCUGUACGCCCAGAACGCCGGCUACUUCAACACCACCACUGAUGGGUGUCUGGGCAACAUGGUGAGUGACGGCAGGAUGGUGAGAGAUGGCGGCGGGGUGCAGAACGCCCAGUUUGGCAUCAGAAAGGACGGCAGCCUGGUGUUCGGGUAUCUCUCACAGGAGGAUGUUCUGGACCAGUCCAACCCGUUUGUCCAGCUUGUCAGUGGAGUGGUGUGGCUGCUGAGGAACGGGGAGGUUUACAUCAACCAGAGCCUGGAGGCCGAGUGCGACGAGUUAGUCGACCAGGAAAUGUUCCGCAAUUUUGUGGAUGUGUUGUCAGCGAGGACGGCGGUGGGUCACGAUGCCAACGGCAACGUGGUUUUGUUUCAUGUGGACGGACAGACCAAUGAAAGAGGCAUGAAUCUUUGGGAGGUGGCAGACUUCCUGAAGAAGAACGGUGUGAUCAAUGCUGUCAAUCUGGAUGGAGGCGGGUCUUCCAGCUUCGUGGUCAACGGCACAUUGGCCAGUUACCCUCCUGACCAAUGUGAACCAGACAGCAGGUGGCGUUGCGCCCGGCGUGUCUCCACCAUCCUGUGCGUCCACCGGCGGCGUUGCCAGCCAGAAAACUGCAGCGGAAACGGCGACUGUGUGGACGGACGCUGUCGGUGCCAGGAGGGCUGGCAGGGAGCCGCCUGUGACUCUCUGGUGUGUCAGCCGCCAGCCUGCGGCCCUCAUGGCGUCUGCACCGCCAACGGUUGUGUCUGUGCUGCUGGAUGGAGAGGAAAGAACUGCAGCCAAGGUUCAUUGAUCACCUGCGAUCAGCCUCUGCAUCAUUUCCCUCCUUUCUCCUCGGCAGGAUGUUUUCCAGGUUACUAUGGUGAUGGCUGCAGACACACCUGUGUAUGUUUUAACGGAGCUUCCUGCAACCGUGUCGAUGGACGCUGUGUGUGUCCCCCUGGUUUCUAUGGCAACUUAUGUGAAAAAGCGUGUCCUCCAGGUUUCUACGGCGUCUCCUGUGCCGAGCGGUGUCAGUGCGAUGACCAGUGUCCAUGUGACCCGCACACAGGAAGCUGCGUCUCCAACUUUGACAGCAGAUUAAACAGAGGACAAUGUUUAGCUAAACAAAUGUUUACAGUAUGGAGACAACAAGAAGAGGCGUACAGAGACAAACCGUAUCUGACAGAACAAACAUGGCUGAUAAUCACCGUCGUCCUGGCCUCCCUGCUGUUGGUCCCACUGGUGUUUCACUUCAUGCGGGCGAGUCGCAGAUGGCUUCUCUUUGGUUAUUCCUACACACACGUCCCACUGAGCAACGCCAACGGAGACAAACUGAGUCUCAGAUUGCUUCAACUUCAUUGAUACCCCCUUAAAAAUUAAACACAAAUAUACUGAAAUCUGGGAGAAAAACCCAGCAAAUGAAAAGGGACGAGUGAACAUAUUCCCAACUUUAAAGACUUUGUGCCAGUACAGGAAUACAUUAAAAAAGCAGACAGACCCAAAACAUUAAUUACACCAAAACAGCAUUCAUUCAAGUCAGUUUGUGACAGUCAUGUGACCACACAAAUUAAAAAUACCAGAGAAAUGUUGGUAUUUUUUCAAAAUAAAAAAAUAAUAACAUUGAAAGAAUAUUCUGUCUUGUUUAUGAUGAAAUGACUUUUUCAUGCUAAUAGCAACUCUUUGCAUUUGCAUAUUUUUUCCUCCAUGAUGACCGUCUUAGUGCUCAUAUAUUGCUUUAAAAAAAUCCACAUGUAUUUUUAUGUCCCUAUUACUGUAUAUUUGACAUAAUGUUCAUUCAUUGAGUUGUUACAGUUGUUCUCACAUGUUUGAAGUAGAGCUGUGACGAUCAACAAAAAAUUAAUCAGAAACUAUUUUGAUGAGGGAAUAAUCGUUUUUGUC